AACUCUGUCGCCAUCUGGAGAGAAAGGGCCUCUCCCCACACGAGGAACUUGACACCGGGCUGAGGUCGCCGCUGGUGCAGCAGCCGCACAGCCUCUGUGUCCCCCACGGACACGAACAGAGGUUCCCCCAGAGGCCACAGGCCCCUUGAAAAGACGCUGUCCCAUUGUCCCCAGAGCCUGUCUACCUUUCAGACCACAUGUCCUGCUUGUUCUGGAAGGUGCCUUCACUGUACCCAGAGGUGAUGAGGCGCAUGCCCAGUCACGCCCUGCAGUAGCUUCAGUAGGCAGGCCUCCCCCUCCCACAGUGAAACCCCCAGAUCCAGACACCUGCGUCAGGCAUGUGCACAGGUACACGGCACAUGCCACCCACAGGUACACGGCACACGCCACCCCACAGGUAAAUGAGCCCUUCUCACUCCCGGACUCCUACACAGAGAGCCCAGCCCCGCACCACGAGCACUCCUCACAAGCGCGUGGCUUCUGCACCAUCUUUCACUUUCACUGGCUCAGGUUCAAGGGGUGGAGGAGCAGUGAGCCUCAUCAGCUGCCUUUCCCUCCAACUUCCCAGCAUGCCUCUUAUCUCUGCCUCACACUUCACCCCUGGCCCCUCUUCCUUCCUUGAACCCAAGGAAUCCUUCUUGCUGGAAAGCCCUUGGCUUCUCUGCCUCCCUUUCCACCUUCGGGAAAGUACCACCUUCUGGCCCCCACCUCCUUCCUCUUCCAAGUGCAGGACCCCGCCAGGGGGAUCCGACCUCAAAACAGGAAGCCCAGGGCCCAUGCCCUGUGUGGGCCUCAAGCGUAGACAGGCAGUGGGCGUGGGGUGAAGGCUUCCUGAGUGCCCCCACCCCGUGCCACCCAAGGGCCCUGCCCAGAACUGAUGGCCUUCAUUAGCCCGGCGCUUAUCUUGGAACCACAGCAGGUGACAGAGCUGCCCAGCCUCCCUCUCAGCCUGCGUGAGCCCAGCAGUGUCAUGGGGAACUGCCUGCACCCGGUGGACUCCUCCACUGACAACAGUUCGAGUAGCUUUUCCUUUGAUUCUGAUGAGUGGAAUUAUUCUGAGACCUAUGACUACUCUGGAAUGGACGCAGCUGCCCCCUGCCGCUCCUGCAGCCUGCUGGACGAGUCCUCACUGCCUUUCUACGUCCUCGCCAGCGUCCUGGGCAUCCUGACCAGUGUGGCUGUCCUCUUCGCUCUGCUCAGACCCCUCUUUCACCGGCAGCUCUGGCCUGGCCAUCAGCUCCUCCUCACACAGUUAGCCGUGGGCAGCGCCCUCUCCAGCAUCGUGGUGCCCAUCCUGGCACCAGGGCUCCGUGGUGCCCACAACACCUACAUGUGCCACCUGGCCCACUUCGUCUGGUAUGGCUCAGCUUUUGCCCAAGCUUUGCUGAUAGGCUGCCAUGCCUGCCUGGGUCCCAAACUGGGUGCAGGCCCGGUCCCACGCCUCAUCCUGGGGCUCACUGUGGGCCUUUGGGGACUGGCCAUCCUGCUGGCGCUGCCCAUCACCCUGGCCAGUGACACCUCCAGUGGAUUCUGCUCCUUGUCACCUGGCCAGGGCGUUUUGAAGUUUCUGCACGCUGCCAGCUGUUUUGCCAUCUUUGUCUUGUUGCCACUGGGUUUAUUGGGAGCCAAGGGGGUGAAAAGGGCUUUGGGCAGGGGGCCGUGUCCCUGGGUUGACGUGUUGUGGCUCUGGUUCAUUUUCUGGUGGCUUCACGGAGUGCUGUGGGGGUUGGACUUACUAGUGAGGUCCAGGUUCCUGGUGCUGUCGUCCUGCCCGACCCAGCAGGCGCUGGACCUGCUGCUGCACCUGGCAGAGGCGCUGGCCAUCCUGCACUGCGUGGCCGUGCCCCUGCUCCUGGCCUUCUUCUGCCAGCGGGUGACUCGCACGGCUGUGCCCUCCUUGGCCCUCCCAGCAAGACAGUCCUCUCCUCCGGACGCCCUGGGAGGGAAAUCUUAGCUCCCUUCCCACCUGCCAACCUGAAUUAAAGUCCGCGCUGCUUUUAUGAA